AUGACGGAGGUUAGCUGCUCAUAUAUUUCCAUUGGAGGGAAUCGGAAUCCGGCGGCUGCGGAUUGGUCACCCUCUGGGCUUCUCGCUUUCGGUGCUGGAAGAUGCAUAUCAUUGUGGAAUCCAUUGGACCCCGAGUAUCGUGGAGUCUUUUCCACCCUCAAAGGGCAUACUGAUCGCGUUAAUGUCGUUCGAUUUCUACCCGGCCAAAGUUUAGCGGAGGACAUCAUUAUUUCUGGAUCGGUUGAUCAGUCACUCCGUAUCUGGCAACGCCUUGAAAAUUCGGAUUCAUUUAGUCCUUGCUCUGUUGUCGAGGGGGUUCACAAGGCUUCCGUAAGCGCUAUUGCAACAUGUCCUCGGCAUCCUUUAGUGUUUGCAUCGGCUUCGACGGAUGGGAUAGUUGCUGUGUUUGGUCUCUCAAUUUUAUCUCAAGGGAAAUUAGAUGUGAAGCUUCUUCAAGUGUUCUCUACUGCACCCAAGUUUUAUCCCUUGGCGUUGGCACUAUCGGUCCUUCCCUCUUCAUCUUCACCAAGUCCUCCAGCUCUUAUACUGGCAGUAUCUGGAUCUGCAUCAUCAGUCUCAAUAUAUCUGUCCUCCUCGCUUUCAUCGCAGUUUUCCCACCAAGCUACUCUAUCAGGCCAUGAAAAUUGGAUUAGGUCGCUUGCAUUCACUCCCGAGGACUACUCUAACCCAGGAUCAGAUCUGAUAUUGGCCUCUGCAUCUCAGGAUAAGUAUAUCCGAUUGUGGCGUAUACACCCCGGGGAAGAGCUACCACCAGCAGCGGCAGAAGGUGAGAGUAAAAUUUUCGGCCUUAGCAAUCGCCUAUCCAACAAAGUCCAUCAACUUCGAGCUGAGGAUGAUGGAGUGUGGUCCGUCACUUUUGAGGCGUUGCUCAUGGGUCAUGAAGAUUGGAUAUACACUGCUGCAUGGAGGCCUCAGACGGCAGAUGGGUUGGGUUUGAGAUUACUGUCAACAUCUGCUGAUAACUCACUUUCCAUCUGGGAACCCGAAGAGUCUUCAGGGAUCUGGCUCACCACAUCACGGUUAGGGGAGAUUUCUGAUUAUAAGGGGGCCUCUACUGCAACUGGUUCUGCUGGUGGCCUGUGGAUGGGAUUAUGGAGUCCGGACGGAAAGGCAGUCGUAGCACUUGGUAAAACUGGGUCAUGGAGGCUUUGGAAACACAACCCUCAGGAGGGUCGAUGGGUUCAGAGUGUGGGCAUAGGAGGGCAUGUGAAGGAAGUAAUGGGCUGCUCAUGGGAAAAAGCAGGCGGAUAUUUACUAUCAACCGGGCUGGACCAGACCACGAGGCUCUCUGCGGAGUGGAUCAGGGGGAAUGGAGGUCCAAAUUCUUGGCAUGAGUUUUCGAGGCCGCAGAUCCAUGGGUAUGAUAUCAAUUGUAUAGCUAGCCUGGGAGAGAGCAGGUUUGUUUCUGGCGCAGACGAGAAACUACUAAGAAUCUUCGAUGAGCCGAAAACUAUCGCCGGGCUGCUUGAGAGUUUAUGUGGUAUAAGAAAGCUAUCAAAAGAACCAAUGCCAGACGCAGCAAACGUUCCAGUACUAGGACUAUCCAAUAAAGCAGUCGAUAGCUCGGCAGUACUCCCAUUACCCAACGGGAACGCCCCGGAGGAAGAGAAUGAUGAAAGCGAUGAGCAACAGGAGUCCGCUCAGUCCGCAACGUCAGUUAUAGAGGGCCUUCACCACCCACCCCUUGAAGAUCACCUCGCUAGGCACACACUUUGGCCCGAAAGAGAAAAGCUUUACGGCCACGGAUACGAGAUAUCAGCGGUAUCGUGUUCACCAGAUGGGAAGUUCAUUGCAACAGCGUGCAAAGCUAGCACCAUAGAUCACGCAGUUAUAAGACUUUUUGAAACAGAAACCUGGCAGGAAAUAAAGCCUCCCCUAAGAUCGCAUUCUCUCACAGUUCAUGGAAUGGCAUUUAGCACUGAUGGGAGCCGACUGUUGAGCGUGGGCAGAGAUCGUGCAUGGACCGUAUUUGAGAAGCGGGAGGCGGGAUGGGAGAAACUGGACAUGAGGGAAAAGGGCCACACUAGGAUCAUAUGGGAUGGAAAGUGGGCCCCCGUUGAGGAUGUGUUUGCGACCGCAAGCAGAGAUAAGUCUGUCAAAUUAUGGCACAAGGGGGAUGGGGGAUGGGUGAACAGAGCUGCACUAAGAUUCGAGGUACCGGUCACAGCACUGGACUUUUUGGGGGAGGUAAUAGAGGGAAAGUGCUGGCUUGCAAUAGGCCUAGAGGAUGGAGGAUUGCAUGUCUAUCAUGUAAGGGUAGGUGAUUGGGCGAGCCCGGAGCUGCUCAUCAAGCUGGAUGAUAGAAUCACACCUGAUAGGUCGGUUACACAGAUCACCUGGCGACCAACAAGGGGCCAGGUGGGGGGGAGGGAUGUGGCAGUGAGCAGCGAAGAUUUUUCCGUGCGAGUGUACAGUAUCUCCAUUGCUUAAAGCACAGAUAUAUAGCGAACUUUAUGGAGGGAAGUAGCAAAGACACGAACAAACAAAGGCGUUGGGCCGCCGUUACGCCAUAUCUACCCACCG